AUGCCCGUCGAGCUUCUUCCCUUUCCCCCUUCCUACUGUCUGGGUAAGUCAACGCGAGUAUUCCGAGGGUGGGUGUCAUCGACUGAAGUCUUGCCCUCCCCUUGCUGAGCAGUCGGAGCCUACCGCUUGAUCCAUGACCCCACCUUGAACCGACCCAUCUGGGCACGUUCCCAAAAGACCCUCAAGCGCUUCCUCUUCGCCUUUGUCCCCUUCAUACUCAUAUCCUACCCUCUCACCCGUCUCUACGUCACCUUGAUCCUCUCUCGAUCCCCUUUUGCACCUGCCGCGAUCCACGAUGCCGCUUUCCUUGGCGUCAGUCCCGCCUUUUUUACGACCGUCACCCUCGUGCUUGGUCAGAUCAACGCUUUGCUUGAGUGGUCACUCAGGAGGGAACUCACCAAGAGUAGGAAGGAGGUUUACGAAGCGACCGUCAGGUCAAGGGCAAAAGGUUGAGUCUUAUUCGAUCCUCUGCUGGCAGUCCGUGGGAGGAUUAGCUACUGACGAGAAGAACAUGAUCUCGGCCUGGCGAUUGACCCAUCAGACAGCGAGUUUUGGCAACCCUACGUAGAGGAAUGGGCUAGACCGCCGGUCGAAAGGGCACAGAGGAAUUCGCAGAAACAAGCCUUCUACCUUCGACUCGCGUCACCGUUGAUGCGCAUGUUCGUGCUCAGGGGUACGCGUCCAAGCGAAUUUGCUUCACUUUGGGUUCAUUGCUGUCCGCUGACGAUUCAGAAUAUUGACUCGCCCGCACAGUUCUUCUCACGCCUCUUUCUUUCAUCCCCGGGCUCGCAAUCGUCGUACUAUCAGCUCUCCGAUGCUUGACCCUAGGUCGAUCCAUGCACGAGCCAGUACGUCCCCGCCAAAACCUCAGGCCCAAAAAACCCAACCAAAACUGAUCCGGCGCGGACCCCUACUCAUCGCAGUACUUUGCAGAAAAGAAGAUGACGCCUUUCCAAAUCGAACUCUGGAUGGUCGAACGACAGAACGAGUACCGCAUGUUCGGCUUCGUCGCCAGUCUAUUGGAACGCUUGCCCUUGAUUGGGAUCGUAUUGACGAUCUCGAAUCGCAUGUGAGUGGGAAUUCGUGAGAGGACGCGGGCGAAGAGCUGUUUCCCUGAAGCUUUUCUGUGACUUUUUUCAUACCCUCUCUCAGUGGAGCGGCGAUGUGGUCCCAUGACCUUGAGAAACGACAACACGCUUUCGCCACGGGUGAAUUGAAGCCGACCAAAGUGUACGAAUCAAAAUUGGCCCAGAUCCCAGUCUCGGAUUUACCUGAUGAUUUCGCAGGCGGGUUCCCGGGCAAGAGGAAGGACGAGGUCAAGUUGGUACCACCGCCUUUACCGAAACGAUCCGGUGGUGCGAAAGGGAAGGAGCUUUGA